CUCCCUUUCUUGAAAAUAGCAGGAACUUAUCUUUUCAAAGACUCUUGCUUAAAGAGGAAGCAUCCUGUGAAUGCGGUGUGCUUUCAGGACCCUCACUGUGCAGCUCACCAGCAAGGGUUGGCUCUCUAAGGGGCAGGUAGAUUGGAUUUACUGAAGACCUGGAGCUUGCUUCUGAGAGUGAACACAAAAGGAUCCUAAACUGUCAACCUUGAAGGUAGCAGAAGCAACUUGGCAAAAUAGAAUAUGUCCUCUGCUACUUAUGGAAAUUAAAUAACUACAGUCCUGUUGCCAUCUUAUGCUGUGAACUGAAGAGACUUUCUUCUACCUGCUCAAAACCAUUGCUCAAAUCUACCUUUCAAAAGGCAGAAGAUGCCAACACAGUCUCAAGUGUCCACCUGAUCCAAGAAGCUCACUCCUCAUCAGCAUCCCUCUCCAACCCAUUGACCAGUGCAAUCCAUGUCUGAAGAGUUGGCUGCAGGAAUGGUUCCUCUCCUGGGCCAACAGAAGCUCCCUGAUCUUCUAAAUAAAAAGCUGUGACAGAACCAAGGUUAAUUUUAUCCAUAGCUUGGACUUCCUUUGAUAUUGUACCAUAAGAAGCACUGACCACUAACCAGGGACACUUGUGAAGGGGAUUGCAAUUCCAUCGACAGGCACGGCACCAAGCAGACAUUCUUAGGGACAUGGAUGAUGUCAUAAAUAUGACAGUGCCUUCUGCUAGUAAUAACACAUGCCAUGACACUAUUGAUGACUUCCGCAAUCAAGUAUAUUCCACCUUGUACUCUAUGAUCUCCAUUGUGGGCUUCUUUGGCAAUGGUUUUGUGCUCUAUGUUCUUAUAAAAACAUAUCAUGAGAAGUCAGCCUUCCAAGUAUACAUGAUUAAUUUAGCAGUGGCAGAUCUACUGUGUGUGUGCACACUGCCCCUCCGUGUGGUCUAUUAUGUUCAUAAAGGCAUUUGGUUCUUUGGUGACUUUUUGUGCCGCCUCAGCACUUAUGCCUUGUAUGUCAACCUCUACUGUAGCAUCUUCUUUAUGACAGCCAUGAGCUUUUUCCGGUGUGUUGCAAUUGUUUUCCCGGUCCAGAACAUUAAUCUGGUUACACAGAAAAAAGCCAGGUUUGUGUGUAUUGGCAUUUGGAUUUUUGUGAUUUUGACCAGUUCUCCAUUUUUAAUGAGCAAAUCUUACAAAGAUGAGAAAAACCAUACCAAGUGCUUUGAGCCUCCAAAAGACAGUAAGGCCAAAAAUUAUGUUUUGAUCUUACAUUAUGUGUCAUUGUUUCUUGGCUUCAUCAUCCCUUUUGUUAUUAUAACGGUCUGCUACACAAUGAUCAUUUUGACCUUACUGAAAAAUUCAAUGAAGAAAAACCUGUCAAGUCGUAGAAAAGCUGUAGGAAUGAUCAUAGUCGUGACAGCUGCCUUUUUAAUCAGCUUCAUGCCAUAUCAUAUUCAACGCACCAUCCACCUUCAUUUUUUACACAAUGAAACUCAACCCUGUGAUUCUGUCCUUAGAAUGCAGAAGUCAGUGGUCGUAACCUUGUCUUUGGCUGCAUCAAAUUGUUGCUUUGACCCUCUCCUAUAUUUCUUUUCAGGGGGGAACUUUAGGAGAAGGUUGUCUACAUUUAGAAAACAUUCUUUAUCCAGCGUGACUUUUGCACCCAAGAAGAAGGCAUCCUUGCCAGAAAAAGGAGAAGAAAUAUGUAAAGAAUAGUUUAAAACCAUCUCCAGUGUAAACCAAUAAGAAUUCCCCCAAUAAGUAUUUUCUCAGAUUAUUUACAAUGAAAAUAAAAAUAUUCAUUAAUAAUUUACAAAUACAUAACUGAAGAUUUGUGCCUAUAAAUCUAUUUCAUUUAUGUGUCCACAUUAUUAGAGGUCAUAAAGAUAUUUUAAGUGUUAAAAAUUCAUUCCACAACUAUGAACUGAAUUCUAAAUGGGGUUUGUUGUUGUCGUCGUUUGUUUUGUUUUGUUUUACCAUUCCCCAAUAGCUGGGGAAUGUUUCUGUCUCUGUACUGUAAAAAAUGGGUCUGAGUCAAGGUAUUCUCCCUCAAAUAAAAGCUUUACAACGGAUAAGAACUAUACCUUU